AUGUCACUUCCAAGCGAAUAUUUCAAAGAUAAAACUGUUUUUGUGACGGGUUGCACGGGACUCGUCGGCCAAUUACUCAUCGAAAAGUUAAUCCGCUUGAAUGUUCAUCGCAUUUUUGUGCUCGUGAGACCCAAAAAGGGCAUUUCUCCAAUUGAACGAAUGACAGCUCUCUUUGGAACGCCAAUUUUCGCCGAUCCGAACAACAAUGUCGCUGAAAACAAGAAAAUUUCAAAGAAAAUUCGAAUUUUGGAAGGAGAUCUCGCCGAAAAUAACUUCAAUUUAUCAUCAGAAGAUCAAAAUUUGCUCACCGAAGAGACAGAAAUUGUCUUUCACGCCGCAGCUCACGUCAGAUUCGAUGAUUGCUUGAAGGAUUGUGUCACGAUAAACGUUAAAGCGACCCGAGAAUUGCUUUUAAUGGCAGAAAAAAUGACAAAACUCUCGUCUUUUGUCUAUGUUUCAACGGCUUUCGCUCAAAUGCAUCACAAACUUGUCUCGGAAAAGUUCUAUCCGGCAUCGAUUUGUCCUGAUAUCAUGAUAAAAGCACUUGAAUUGUUCGAAAAUGAAGAUUACAUCGACACUUUUACGCAAAAAAUCAUCGCGCCGCAUGUCAAUUCUUACACUUUUUCCAAAACUUUGGCUGAGGAGCUCAUAAAUCGAUGGAAAAUGAAGUUGCCUGUUUGUGUGGUUCGUCCUUCGAUCAUUUUGACGACUCAUAAGGAGCCAUUUCCGGGUUACACGAGCAAUUUUUACGGCAUCAACGGGAUUAUUUGCGGCGUUGGCUUCGGAAUUAUGCGAGUUACGAACAUUGGACCGGAAACUUUGUCGGAUAUCGUGCCCGCUGACUACGUUUCGAACUUUAUAUUGCUCGCAGCAUGGAAUCAAACGCAAAAAACGAGUCGAGAAGUGGUUUUUAACUGUUGCGCGAACGAAAAAUCCGUGACAAACAAGUUUGUUGGCGAUAAAUCUGUGGAAAUUGGGAAAACGAUGCCUUUGAAAAGGAGUUUAUGGAAGAUUUGUUACACAUCGAGGAAUUUUCAUGGAUUUUUCUGCGUCGUUGAGCUCUUUUAUCACAUCUUGCCGGCAUUUUUGUUCGAUUUUUUGCUCAUUUUGCAGCGACGAAAGCCGAAAAUCGUAAAAAUUUAUCGCAAAAUCGCCAAAUUUCAAAAUGCUUUGGGACAAUUUUUCAAUCGCGACUACAAAUUCGACAAUACAAACAUGAAAAAAGUAAUUGAUGAGGUCAAAUCGGAGCAGGAACGUGAAAUCUUUCAAUGUGACAUCAGAAAUAUCAAUUGGGACGAGUUUUGGCCCUUUUAUAUCAAAGGGAUGCGUCGAUAUUUGAUGAAAGAGGAUGACGACACGAUCGAAGAGGCACUCAAACGACAUAAAUUGCUCACGAUUGUCCAUAAUUUCAUCUUUGGAGUCAUUUAUUUGCAAAUUUUGUACAUUUUUGUCAAACUUUUGCUUUAG